AUGGAGGCGCCCACGGCCCCGUACAGGGCCACCGCGAACCAACGCAGCCCGUCGCGGCAGUCCCAGUCGUCGGUGCAGCGCAGCCUGUCGCAGCGCACUAGCUCGACAAAGUGGUGGGUGUCCGGGUCGGCGUUCGUGGUGCUCGUCGCGAGCAGAGACGCCGCGGUGGCCUGGCAACUGGUUGGGAGCAUCGCUGCAGCAUUCAACUGCAAGCUCUUGAAACGCGUCCUCAACCACGAACGCCCGGACGGCGCGCAGAAAUCGGACCCGGGCAUGCCGUCCUCGCACGCCCAAAGCCUCGCGUUCCUCGGGACGUCCGCGGCGAUCGGGCUCCGCGUCUGGUGCCAGGACGCCACGUUGGCCCUGGCUGCGCCCGGCGCGAUGAUGGCACUGGCGGUGUUCCUCACGUGGCUCCGCGUGGAGCUCGGGUUCCACACGGGCCCGCAGGUCGUCGUGGGGUUCGUGCUGGGCGCGGUGUCGGCGCUGGCGUGGCGCUGGCUGGGCACGGAGGCGGCGCUGCCCAUGUUCACCAGCUCCGCAGCGGCGACACUCGCACUCUGGGCGCUCGUGGGCGUCGCGGGCGUCGCGUUCGCCGUGAAGAACGUGCUCGCGUGGGCCAAGGAGAAGGCGCAGUAG